AUGGUUGGAUCUGGAAUGCAACGCGCCACACAGGACUACUUCGAUCGGUUCCCGCAGGAGAACGGCUCCAUCUUUCUCUUCAAUACCUAUACAGGCGAAGCUAUCUACGAUGUAGAUCGAUGGGGAUCGCCACUCCCUGGCGCUCGCACGCUGUCACAUUGGUUCGUACCCACGGCUGUAGUGCCUCCCGCCACAGAGGGUGAGCCCGUCGACACCCAUAACCUGCGUGAUCUGAGAGACGACUUCCCCGGCAGCGAGUAUAGAGCCCGAUGGCACUGUGCCGAACUCAUACAGCGCAACGUCCGUGCGGCGCUGUCGAGGUGGCGGGUCGCCAGAGCGCUCUGUGCGGUAUGGGUGAAGGAUUACGACCACGAAGCAGAACGAUUCUCGUUUACCCACCAAAACAACCGAGAGAUGCAGUACCACAAGCCCUGGGGCAUGGGAACCGUUGACCUUUGGGCUGUGCCGGGGGAAAAAGUCGACGAGCAUUUGGUCAGCCUCUUCCUCCGAGUUGAGAGCGCAACAGCGGAAGAGCGUACAGACGAAGAGCCGCGAGACUGGGAAGCAUCCAAACGGCAUCGCCGGCGGUUGUACAAAUUCUAUCAGGAAAAGAAAUUUAGCGAGGGUCCUCACUGCCGCAUCGUGGGGCCAGGAAGUCUGAAGGAAAGUUCGUUCACCAACGUGUUCCUCUACCCCAAGAAGUACUACAAGACGAAACCUUUCUCCCAUCCGAGGGACAGGCAGUGCGAAGGAGCCAGGAUGGGGAGCCAGGUGACGUGCAUGGACGGCCUCGUCGAGAAAAGGACCACGUCUACCGAAAACAGGAACAGGAAGGACGCGUCACAUGGUCAAGCCCCUUACGGCGAGAAAGGGCAACUAAUCUCGGCGGAUGCGUAUUUCCACGUCCGCAACGCUAGCGAGCAUGGCGCUUUGAACGUGAUCAAGCUCAUGUUCAAGCACCGAGAUGAUCUUCGCGUGCAGGGCGUUGGUCUGCAACGCAUGGCAGGCUCGCUCCUGGAAGGUAUGACGUGA